CGGCGCUACCUGUCCUGUCUGUUGUCGCUCUGAUCAGAUUAGAAUAAGGCUUUCCAGCAGCGAGCACUGAGGAGGCACCGGCAGGUUGACACGCCGCCGCGCUCUCUUAUUCAUCGGCGGCGGGGGGCGCCACAUUCGGCCCCCACCCACAUCCACCUCCCACAUCGUUUUCCAAUGGAUACCUGCAGGGCGCACGCUUGGACGUUCCAGGUCCUGCUCCUCCUGAGUGCCUCACGGGCUUCCCAGUUCCCCUCCUCGCUCCUGAUUAAAGAAUGGGUUGAUCAGAUGCAGAAAGAGCUCAUCACCCUGGCAGACACUGCCAUGGCCGGCAAGAGCCUCACCCAGAUCUUCUUAAGGAACCAGCACCUCUACAGUGUGGAGCAGAAUGAUGCAGAGGAGCUGGUGGCCAGAGCCGCCAGGAACAUCGAACAGCUGCUCCGCAAGAGGUCUACGGCCUUGGAGAAACUGGCUACAGCUGCCGAAAACUUCCAGAGGAAACAUCAGUGGAAGGAUGAGUAUGAGGAUGAUGAAAUUGCAUACUACAAUUCCAAGGACAACCUGGAUUCAAAUGAAACCGAGGGACGCAAAUCCCGUCUCCGUCCGGACUUUAAGGAGGAUCCGUCUUUUCGACGCCUCACAGACCACAGCCACACGGCCGUGCACAUCCCCACCGACAUCUAUGAUGGCUCAACCAUUGUCCUGAACGAGCUGAACUGGACCGAGGCACUGGAGGACGUGUUUAAGAAAAACAGAGAGGAUGAUCCCACACUUCUUUGGCAGGUGUUUGGAAGCGCUACCGGUCUGGCCCGAUACUACCCAGCAUCUCCAUGGAUGGAUGCUCGCAAGACACCCAGUAAAAUUGACCUGUAUGAUGUACGCAGGAGACCGUGGUACAUCCAAGGAGCCGCCUCACCCAAAGACAUGCUCAUCCUGGUGGACGCGAGUGGCAGCGUUUCCGGCCUGACGCUCAAACUGAUCCGGACGUCCGUUAGCGAGAUGCUGGAGACGCUGUCGGACGACGACUACGUCAACGUGGUUUAUUUCAACACCAUGGUGAAGAAGACGGCAUGCUUCGACCAUCUGGUUCAAGCCAACGUGAGGAACAAGAAACUGCUCAAGGAUGCUGUGCAAAACAUCACCGCCAAGGGCAUCACCAACUACACUAAGGGAUUCGAAUUUGCAUUUGAGCAACUCGCUACGACAAAUAUAAGCAGAGCAAACUGUAAUAAGAUCAUCAUGCUGUUUACUGAUGGAGGAGAAGAGCGAGCGCGGACCAUACUGGAGAGAUACAACGCCGACAAAAAAGUGAGGAUCUUCACCUUCUCCGUGGGACAGCACAACUAUGAUAAAGGACCCAUUCAGUGGAUGGCCUGUUCCAACAAAGGUUACUUCUAUGAGAUCCCCUCCAUUGGAGCCAUAAGAAUUAACACACAGGAAUACUUGGAUGUCCUGGGCAGACCCAUGGUUCUGGCAGACAAGCAGGCCAAACAAGUGCAGUGGACCAAUGUGUACCUCGAUGCACUGGAACUCGGUCUGGUUAUUACCGGGACUCUGCCCGUCUUCAAUAAGACCAAAAGCAAAGACGACAGGAACGGCGAGCAUCAAAAUCAGCUCAUUCUCGGCGUAAUGGGCAUCGACGUGUCACUGAAUGACAUCAAGAAGCUCACGCCACGUUUCACAAUUGGUCCAAAUGGAUACUAUUUUGCCAUCGAUCCAAACGGAUAUGUCUUGUUGCAUCCCAAUCUUCAGCCCAAGAAUCCUAAAUUCCAGGAGCCUGUUACCCUCGACUUCCUGGACGCCGAGCUGGAGAAUGACAUUAAAGUGGAGAUCAGGAGAAUGAUGAUCGAUGGCGAGACGGGUGAGCGCACAAUACAGACCCUGGUGAAAAGUCAGGAUGAGAGAUACAUUGAUAGAGGAAUAAGAACAUACACUUGGGCACCAGUCAAUGGAACCGAUUACAGCCUGGCUCUGGUUCUGCCAAAAUACAGCGAACACUUCAUACAAGCCAAACUGGGAGAUGACAUCAAGCAAGCAAUGUCAUCGUCUUGGGGGCAAAUAGUGAUGGAAACCCUCCAGUUGGAGAACUUUGACAACUAUGGUCACACCUUCAUUGCGCCACGGGAAUACUGCAAAGAGCUGACGUUGUCACUCAACAACACCCAGUUUCUCCUCGAUUUCAACCAGUACAUUGAUAGGAACACUCCAGAUGCAUGCAAUGUAUCCCUUGUGAGUCGACUCAUCCUGGAUGCAGGCCUGACAGCUGAGCUGGUUGACUUGUGGAAAGAUCAGAAAGUGAAUGGGACAGUGGCCAGGUUUGUAGCCACAGAUGGAGGAAUCACAAGAGUCUUCCCGAGAAGCACUGGAGAAGAAUGGAUGGAGAACCCAGAGCCGUACGAGUCAAGCUUCUACAAGAGAGCCCUGGACAACGACAUAUACAUUUUCACCGCUCCGACUUUUAACAUUGCAGCAGAAGGCAGAGAGAGCGUAUCCGAAUCUGGUAUCCUCGUCAGCAAAGCCGUAGAUCUCACCAUCAAUGAAGUCACGCUUAAGCCAGCAGUGGUGGGAGUGAAACUCGAUGUCACUUACUGGAUGAACAGUUUCAUGAAUGCUACACUUAAAGAGAAUUGCAAAGAUGAGAUCUGUGGCUGUAUGAGGAAUGACAAGCAUGUCGAUUGCGUGAUCCUAGAUGAUGGUGGUUUUCUGCUCAUGUCCAAUCAGGAUGAUUACAUCAGUUUGAUAGGUCAGUUCUUUGGCGAGGUGGAUCCCGUGCUGAUGAUCAACCUGGUCAACACCUCUUUGUAUUCCUUCAACAAGACCUACGAUUACCAGUCUGUGUGCGACCCGGAGAAAGACAGCAAGGCUGCGGCGGGCCCCCGCUCUAUCUAUGUGCCAACCAUAGCAGAUUUGCUCAGUAUUGCCUGGUGGGCUUCCGCUGCUGCCUGGUCCAUACUCCAGCAACUCUUUUAUGGCCUCAUGUUCCCCAAUCUACUGGAGGCAGCAGAGUCAGCCGAUGACGACAUUCCUGACGCCAUGUUUAAAGAAAGCUGCAUCACAGAGCAGACGCAAUACUUCUUUGACAACGAUGAAAGAUCCUACUCGGGGGUCCUGGAUUGUGGAAACUGUUCGAGGAUGUAUCGAGCGGAGAAGCUGCCAAACACCAACCUUGUGUUCCUGAUCACCGAUGCCAAGGACACGUGUUUGUCAUGUGACCCCAGACCGCUGCGACAGGCUGAACAACCCUCUGAAGGUCCAGAUCCGUGCGAGCUGGCCCAGAACCCGAGGUACCGCAAAGGGCCAGACGUAUGCUUCGACAACAACGAAAAUGAAGACGACUCUGAUUGCGGCGGAGGAACCGGCCUGAGCCCGAGCCUUGGUACCACGUUCACUCUCCAGCUGCUUCUGCUGCUGUUGCUCGGCUUUCCUUCGUCAAGCUCGUGACGCCUAGAAACGUCUAAACCGACACGACUAGCAUGACUGUCAGUGUAUGUAGAGGAAACUAAGCAGCCAAAACGUUCUCAACGAGCAAAGGUCUCAUGUCACACGAGGAGACCGGAGGGACGCCCUCCCGGAUGGUAUGCUGAUUUUACAAAUGUGGUGUUAUUUUGUUCCCUGCGCAGUCUCGGCGUCUUUGUUUUCUGAUGCCAAAGGUUUCUUGCUCAUUUCAUUCUCAAUCCUUAUCCAGUUCCCGUUUUCAUGCUGUACCCCAAAAGAUUCACCUGAGGGGUUCAAGGGUAAGCGCAAACCAAACCCUUUAAUUCUGUUUUGUUUUCAAGAUUGUGUGCUCACUGACAGCGUUGAUUUGUGUGGUUGUUGCUAUUGUUUGUAUUGAUGGCGUAUCAAGCCCGAGUAACUCCGCAUCCCGUCAUUCUUUUUGUUGUCGAGUAUUUAAAAAAUGUACUGUACCUGCUCAACAGACAUUUCGCUACUAGCUCAGUGUUGUAUUGUAGCGCUGUGUGCUUUAUAUCAAGCAAAAGACAAUAUAGUAAUCAAAGCCCUAUCAUGAAAAAAAAUGAACACGCUGUCCCAAAAUGUUGAUUUCUAAAUAUUCCACAAACUAUAAUCCCCAAUUUAAUAUUAAUUUUACAACAUUGCCUCCAAAAAUAAGCCAGACGAUUUAUUGACGAUUUGGAAA